AGUGGCCCUUUCUUCUCCCCAUUUGGCGCGUCGCAUCUGUAUAUGUUACGUUUCAGCGAAAGAUCGUGCCACACCUCGUCCAGUUGUGCACUAAACAUCGUCGUCGUCGUCAUUAAGCAGAACUAACGAGUAAACUUCGCUGGCAGCAAUUAACCAUGACUGAGCAAAACGAAAGUUUUGAUGAAAUCAAAAUGAUGGCCGAUUUUUUGUUGGCCAAGCAACCUCAUCGUCCGACGAUAGGCAUCAUCUGCGGGUCUGAUUUGGAUGGACUGGCCACGGGACUGGCCGAUAAGCUGGAGAAAAAAUGCGCCAUGGCAUUCAAAGAUAUUCCAGGCUUCCCCCUUAAGACAGUUGCAGGAAGCGUUGGUCAUCUUUACUUUGGAAAUAUGAAUGGAAAGUGUGUGGUGGUGAUGCAGGGAAGUUUCAAUCUUUAUGAGGGACACCCACCAUUGAAGACUAUUUUACCCGUGCGUGGCAUGAGUCUCAUUGGCGUGAAGACCCUGAUCGUAACGAAUACUGGUGGUGGCAUGAAUCCUGACUACAAAGUCGGUGACAUCAUGCUCAUGAUUGAUCACAUUGGACUACCAACAAUGACCGGUUCAAAUCCCCUCCGUGGCUUGAACGACGAAAGGCUUGGGCCCAGAUUUCCCAACAUGUCUAAUGCCUAUGACAAGAAGCUGAGGGAACUUGCUUUGAAGGUUGCCCAGGACUCGCAGUAUUCAACGUUUGUCAAAGAGGGCGUCUUUGUCAUGGUCGAAGGGCCGUCGUACGAGACUCAAGCUGAGUUGAGGUUUCUCAGAUCAUCAUCGGGAGCUGAUGUCGUAGGUAUGACCACUGUCCUGGAAGUGAUAGCUGCAAGGCACCAUGGGUUGCGUGUUCUCGGUUUCUCACUUGUGACGAGAGCCUGCAACAUGGACAAUGCCACCACAGGCGAGGAAGUCGUCGAGACCGGGAAAUCCCGCGUAGGAGUCAUCCAGGAUCUGAUUGGACAAGUCGUCGACGGGAUAAAUGGCGAGGAAUGAGAACAACUCCGGUCCAGUCUGCUUGAUCCCCCUCCUA